UUCCUCUGGCUUUUGUUUCUGUUUACUUAAUACGGACGUGGAUAUUAGCAUCGUACGUAAAAAAUAUCAAGCCCUCUUGAUAUCCACCUGACAGAAAUUGACAGAUGUCGAGUCUUUAGCGACCAUCUUCUGUCAAUAUUUUCAUUUUAUUAGAAAUCACCGGAACUGAUUAUCAACUUUUUACGAGAAUGUGUUGGUGUUUGAUUAUUGUACAUACAUAAUAGAGUUAUGUACGCUCGUGGCCCUUGUGUUAAUGUGAUCCAUAUCUUUUACGAAUACGAAGUCUUAUUAUAGACUUACGUAGUAGCGUCAAUUGUUCUUACUGAUUUACUGCUAUGACUAGCAGAGAUCAUUCACGAUAAGUUACACUAUCAUACGAACUAUUAGCGUUGAUGGCGUGAGUCAUGUUUAUUUCACGUAUUAUCAGUUACGACGAGGAAGCGAAGAAGUACGUAAUUCGACAUAAUGACUGAACAGACGGACAAUAAGUCGAAGGUAUGGGGAGAGAACGAAAGAUUGGAACUUGCUGCUCAACUCGAUGCUCAACUGGAUGAGUACAUUAAUAGUCUUGAAAAAAAGCAAUAUACGGAAGGAUGGCCGGAGGACAGGUGGCAGGAAGAAAUGGAGAAACAUCCAUUCUUCAUGAAGAAAAGUCCAGAACCUGGAGAGGAGUUAUCUCCUUUGAUGCAAGGGUUACAGCAACUCAAGUACGAUGAGAAUGAAAAUACUCCGGAAGAACUUGCUAAUAACUAUAAGGAAGAUGGAAAUUAUAAUUACAAGUACAAAAAUUAUCGUUUGGCUAUCUUUAGUUAUACCGAAGGUAUCAAGACUAAGUGCAAGGACAACGAGCUUAUGGCCCAACUUUACAAUAACAGAGCUGCUGCUCAUUUCAUGUUACAAAAUUAUAGAUCGAGUUUGAACGACUGCAAGACUGCCUUGAAAUUAAAAAAUCCUUAUAAUAAAGCUUUGUCCAGGGCUGCUCUAUGUGCUUUUAAAAUAAAGCGUUACAUGGAAUGCAUUGAAUUAUGUGAUCAGUACUUGGAACAAUGCCCAGCAGAUAAAGAAAUUCUAAACUUGAGAUCACAGGCUACAACGGAGAAGAAACGCCUGGAAAGAGAUAGCAGAAGACGUCAGGCCCUAGAGAAGAAACAAGAGCUUGAAGAGGAAAGACUAAUACAGACAAUCCAAAGCAGAGGCAUAAACCUUGAACAAUACAAAGGCAAAAAAACUUUGGAACUGAAGGAUUUAGAACCUCAGGUGCCUCAACUCGCACAGAGCAGAGUGCAUCUCGACAAUGACAACAGACUCGUUUGGCCCGUUAUAAUGUUAUAUCCGGAAACGCGUCAAGCUGAGUUUAUUCAAAAAUUCCACGAGGACACGACACUACUGGAACAAUUGGAAGUCAUUUUCGAAGACCCACCAGAAUGGGACGAGGGUCGUCGUUACCAGCCAAAUAAUGUCAACGUCUAUUUCGAGACUGAGGAUAAGAGCCAAGUCCAUAAAGUGGACACUCGUCAAAGGCUGGGGGAAAUUUUGUCAAACCCGAGAUACGUCAUAAAAGCUGGGACGCCUUCCUUUAUGAUUCUGAUUGCAUCGAGCGAAGCGGAGAAGCGAUUCCUCGCAAACUACUGAUAUUUCCCGGGCAACAAUUCUGUAGCGCAAUUUUAUAAAUAAACAGGCACGCGGAGAAAAUGAAAUAAAAGAAAUUU